AUAUCCUCGUCGUUCUGGGGUUGUUUAGAAAAAGUAUUUUUAUAUAAUAGAGAGCCAAGACCAUUCUAAUAAAAUACGUUUCCUUUGAUUUACUUCACCAUAGCCUACUGUAGGCCUAGAAACCAUUGUAUUAUUGGCGACACAAUAUAAAACCCAAAGGAACAUUUCAUUUUACGAAAAUAGCCCAUUAAUUUGUUUAACUGACUGAUCUAUUAUUAUUAUUAUGUUGUUGUUUUUCUUACAUGUACACAUAAGUGCCUCUCUUUACUGAUAACCAUCUUUAAUUAUGGGCAAUUCUGAAAGCAGUGGGGAGAAAAGCUCGGUGCGUUUUUUCAGAGGGGGGAGCACUUGAGUCGCAGCAGCCUCAUCAGAAAAUCUCGUUCUUUCAAGUGAUAGUCGGACACUUUCACUUGGCCGUUGGACAGACCUCGCAGACAUGUCGAAUAACAGCGCAAACAGCAGCAACUUGGUUAUCGCUCAGAAGGUAGUAAAACAACUUCGGCUAGAGGCAAGUGUUCGCAGGAUCAAGGUGUCCCAGGCAGCAGCGGACCUGAAGACCUUCUGCCUGCAGAACGCCCAUAAAGACCCUCUCCUCAUGGGGGUGCCCUCCAGCGACAACCCCUUCAGACCCCCCAAGUCCUGCGCCCUCUUCUGAGGCGAUGGUGAUGAUGGAGGCUCGUAAAACACGUCUGAACAUUCCCCAAGGAUGCCUUUCAAUUCCAAGCCCCUUGGCGUCUCCUACACCCUUCCCCACCACGUCCAGUCACUGAAGACCUCAAGGCCAGAACACAAUCACAAGCAUUAACCCUAUGCUGAGUGAGUUUUGACAUGUGUUCUGUUCUGGAUUUCUACAGCUCAAUAAGGAUAACAUUUGCAGUCCUUUGUGAGUUGAGAUCAUUAGAAUGAAAGCACUCCUCAAAGUAUAAAUAUGGCAGUCUCAACCCCAACUCUCCCUAUAGUCUCUACCUUUUGUUAAUUUUCUUUUACUCAAAGUGAAUUUGAACUGUAUUAGGUUUUACACAUUGUUGUUGGUGAGUCUUUUAAAGUGAUUGACCCAGUGCCAUUACAUGAGUAUAGCCUACCGUAUCAUUGUUGUGAAGCUAUGUUCAACAGACUACAAGAUAUUACACCCGAGUUUGAUCUCAGAGAUUGUUUUUCAAAAUGGUGCUCAGUUGGUUGCAAACACAAUGCAAGGUUCCACACAAACUUGCUUUAACAUUGUCUGUGUGAUUUUUGUCAGGUGAAAUUGUGAAGCAUUUCGAUAAGUGUAAUUUAUGAUUCUCUGCUAAAAGUGUGGUGACUCCAUGAGCCUCUCAAGAGAAUUUAGUCUUUUGACAAAAAUUUUGCACGCAUUCUCAUGUGUUAAACACUCGACUACACUGUUAAGAUCCUCAGUUGACAGUUAAACCACUGUGAUGCAAAAUUUAAUUCCAAAGAAAAUGGUGUUACUGUCUUGAAAAGAGUGACUCAGAGAGGAUGUUAGAGGUUUCUUAUGAGUGUUGGCAUAUAGAGAUCUCAAACUCAGGUCAUGCAAAAUAUCUGUUUCAAUCCUGGUUUUGUGGUGUUGCUUAGUCAACAUCAGAAUAAUGAUAUGAAGGAUCAUAACAAGAAUAUUAGGAUUACUGUACUGACACUAAAGAUAAGUAUAAUUGCUCUGUAUCAUCAUUAUAAAUAAGCCUGAUCUCAGGACACUCAGUGGAAAGAAACUGCUACUCCAUUGGUGCAUCUAAGUUAAAGUAAGGACACAUUCUAAAUGGUUUAAAGUCAUUUUUAGUGUUCCCCACCCCUUUUACCUUUUACUCUUUGCGUACUGCUUCAAACUAAUGUGCCUUAGUAUGUGCCAAACUUCUGGUAAUUUAAAUGCCUCGAUUUUAACACGAGACCUGUUGAGGCCUAAAUCUUCACUUACUUUCCCACUUGAUUAAUCAGAAACAAUUAAAGAGGACCUGAAGGAGUUGAAAAACAACCCCAGAGAAUGAGUAAUGUUUAGGAACCAUACUGUGUCCUUAUUACAACAUGAAGUGUUGCUAAAAACUGGAGAACAGCCCUUCAACAUGUUCCAAUACCCAGAAACAUGUCUUCAAUAAUGUCCUCUGACUUGACCACUGAUAGUUGAAAGGACUAGGCCUACAUAGAUUUUCACAGUACUAUUAGUCUUGCCUACCAAGUCCUUUCAAAUCAGUGGCCAUGCAGGAAAGGAGAUGGAGGAAUGCAAGCUCUUUUCACUAUGGUGACGGAGCUCUGAAUUCCUCUGACGUUAUAAUAAAGUGAAGAGAGAACUUUUGAGGACUACAGUGUCCAUAAUGCAUGGGGAAAGCAGAGCACCUCAUUUUACAAAUAUUAGUCACUGAAAUGCUCUGGUGGAAGGAUUCAUACAUGUGGAAAACACUGUCAUCCUCUUGUGCCUUAACGUUUUUGUGUGUGCAUUUGUCUUAGAAUGGUACCGUGACAUGUAUUGACUGAAUCAUUUAAUAAAAUGUAUAAUUUCACCUUCAA